AUGGAAGGAAGCACGGAUCACGAGCAUGGUGGCAUGCACAUGGGAGACGGAGAUGAUACGUGUUCUAUGAACAUGCUAUUUUCAUGGUCCUACAAAAACACCUGUAUUGUAUUCAAAUGGUGGCAUAUCAAGACAUUGCCUGGGCUAAUUUUGAGUUGUCUAGCAAUUUUUGGGUUGGCGUACCUUUACGAGUAUCUGAAAUACUGCAUCCAUAAGAGACAGCAAUCACAAAGGGUUUUGUUGCCUAAUAGAUCCCAGGCUAAGAUAAACCAAGCCGACAAAAUUUCCAAUAGUAUUCUAUACGGUCUACAAGUAGGAUUCUCAUUCAUGCUGAUGCUUGUAUUCAUGACUUAUAACGGCUGGUUGAUGCUAGCUGUUGUAUGUGGGGCAAUAUGGGGGAACUAUAGCUGGAGCGCCUCUUAUAAUCCUGACAUUGAUGACAGUUCCCUUGCUUGUCACUGA